GACAGAAAGAGGCAAAUUUAAAGGAAGGCAAAGAAGCCGGUGGAGGAAAAGAAGCUGACACGUGUGUGAAAGAACAGCAGGUGGAUUGGACAGGAACCUGGAUUACAGACAAGGAUCUUUUUAAAGCAUAUUUUUAUUAAGGAAGUUCCUUUUCCUUUUGAAGGACGGCUAACCAGAACCUGUACAGGUGGACAAAAAGGAUGGGAUGUUUACCCAUGCUUUCUUUUGCUGAGGGCUAAAAAGUGGGUCAACACCUGUGAAGAAGCUGAAAGGAGCAGCAGAGACUGAGGAGGUUUUGUCCAACUAAAAGGGAGCACAACGGGGGACAGGAAGAUUGAACUGGCUGGAGACACAAGACACAGAGAAUGCAGAAUUAUUAAGAAAACAGUUUUAGUUUUUAGUCCCUGAAAACAGGCACAGUAGAUUUUUCCACAUUGCUGCUUAGUCCUACACAAUGUGUAGGCCUACACUCUAAAUUGUUCAACUUUUAGACCAUUUUAAAUGUUAUUUUGAUAAUGUUGGCGAGGUAAAUGGAUGUCAGGCACUUUCUAACCUUUUGAAUAGCACCAUUUUACAACUUGACAAACAAACUUUCUAAACACCAAACUGGUUUUACAGGCUAAAUUUAACCUGCUGCUGCAAAUCUAGCCCGGUGACCAACUGUAGCUUUGACUGAAAGGAGAAACAGUUGAGUGUGCCUGUAUUCAAGCUUAAAGAUAACCCGGUAUCUAUUGGCCACAAGGUCCACACAUUCCAAGUGAUCUACAGGACAAGGGGAGAGCAUUUCCUCCAUUUGUGAGACAUUCACAUCCACAGAAAGACACUGCUGUACCUCCACCAUGCAGACCUCAGGAGCUGAGCAUGAUGACUCUUUUGAUUUCCUGUUUAAGAUCAUCCUGAUCGGAGAGUCUAAUGUAGGGAAGACGUGCUUGGUUCAGAAUUUCAAGUCAGGGCUUUUCUCAGAAAGACAGCAGAACACCAUUGGAGUGGAUUUCACUGUACGGACCGUGGACAUCGAUGGGAAGAGAGUUAAGAUGCAGGUGUGGGACACGGCAGGUCAGGAGCGGUUUCGUACAAUCACCCAGAGCUACUACCGCAGCGCUCACGGCGCCAUCAUCGCCUAUGACAUCACGCGACGCCCGACCUUUGAAUCCAUGGCUCACUGGAUGAAAGAGGUGGAGCUCUAUGGAGCGAGCAAUGUAGUGCUGGUUCUCAUAGGUAACAAAUGUGACCUGGAGCAGGAACGUCAGGUUCCGUUUGAGGAAGCCUGCAAUCUGGCAGAGGAGAAAAACAUACUAGCCGCACUAGAAACAUCAGCAAAGGAGAGUCAGAAUGUGGAAGAAGCCUUCAUCAUGAUGGCUAGAGAGCUGAUGUCUCGUAACGGCCUUAAUGUCCAGCAGGAGGACUCAAUAAGCAGCAACACACCUCAACUUCUCCUCCGGUCCAACUCUCGGGCUAUCGUUGGCUUAGGAGCUGCCUACACACCACCAGAGAAGAAGACAUGUUGCUGAUUCAAAUGUGGACAGAUGAGAGAGGGAGGAGGAUGAGGGUGAAGGACACUUUUGAUCAUGAAUGUUGGAGAAGAAGAAGAUCCAAAGAUGCAUGGAUGUUGAAUAAGGCCGGCAAGGCCCUCAAGAUUCUUUGCAUUGAGGACGUUUCAAAUUUUUGGAAAGUGUUGAAAAAUCAUUCAGUAUAAUUCAGUAAGCUUCUGUAGCUUAAACUGACCCUAGAGAAUUGUUAGCUGGUGCUACAAGGACGCGUUUAGAAAUGGGGACGUCAGAGACAGUGUGUGAUACACUGGGUGAAGUUACAGGAAACCAAUCUCAUUUAUUUCAACUAUACUUGGACAUUAUUUUUCUCUUGGUGUUUGACUGUUACUAUUCCUUUUUUAAGUUUGCACUACCAAAAUGAAUCGACAUCUGAAUGUAAAAUCUAAGGCAUUUUCUUAUGGUGGUUAUAAAACACUUAGGCAUCCUCUACACCUGCUGGCCUCAGCCACGUUCUGCAAGUUGUAUUUUGUCAAAAAAAAAGCUGUCUUCAUGCUUCACUCUGCUGUGAGAACUUUUAGAAAAUGUGGGAAAGACUAUUCAAUGUUAUUAUGGCGCAUAAGACUCUGUCUUCUUCACCCAAGUGACCACUUGCAGUGCCUGUAUGGCGAGCUGUGAUCCUCUGCUGCUGUGCUCUGGUUGACAACUUUUUGGAAAACCUGCAUGCAAGCCAGAAGACUGUGAAUUAUAAAUAUUUGUUUGACUUCAAAAUAAUGAACUUACGUUGUCGUAAAUGUAUAUAUUAGGCUUUGAAUGUCUUCCUGAAAUCCUCCUGUCGACCACCAAAUUGUGAACACUAGAGGGCACUGUGCUGUUAUACAUGACCUGAAGCUGCAGGUCGGGUGCUCAUUGCCUUCGACAAUAAAUCAAAAGGUGAUUUAAAACAUCCGUGACUGCACUAUGACACGAUUAAUUGAGUGCAAACCAACAUACAACCCAGCAAAUCACUUUUCAAAUCACCAUUUAGGUUGAACUUUGCCAAAGUCACUUCCUGCCAACACAACACUCAAACUAAAGUAACCGACGAGGCUUACAUCCAGGAUGUAAUCUGCCUCUGUGUGUCUAAUGCCAAAUUGGCAGGCCUUAUUCAAACACCAAUCUGGAGGUCGUGUUGCAGGACUUGCACUGAUUGUUAUUUUCUUACACUGACACACAGUUGAUCUGCCUGAUUGAUUGAUCUGCUCCCUAUAUACAGGGAUGGGUCAAAUGCAGAAGUCAAAUUUCGUGUAUAUGUAUAUGUAUAUGACAAUAAAAAGGGUUUCUAUUUCUAUUUAGCUAUGUGGAACUAUUUUGGGAACAAAGUGUAGCCCAAAUCUGACAAGCAAUAAAUGGUCAAUCUAUGACUAUAAAAUCAUUUUAUUCAUCUUCAGUUAUUUAUUACUCAUUGGAGAUAAAUUGUGGUGUGUGUAUUAUCCCUUCACUGACAGCAGGAUUAUGCAUUAUCCCGGUUUUUAAAAACCGGGCCAAAAGCAUGACAUGCCCAUAAACAGGAAUGAGGAUCUGCAUGAUGACAGUUUCAAAAAGAAGGAAGUUGGCUUUUUUUUUGUUGGUCUACAGCGCACUGAAGACUUGUUUCCUGCCAUGCAUCCAAAUUCCCUUCUUGGGUGCACGUUAAACCUUCUGAAUGCUGAAAUGUAU